UAUCUUUGCUAACAGCGACAUCGGGUGUCAGAGAAAAACACUGCGCCAACUGAGUCACCUGACUCUUCAUCUAUUGGAGUCCGCACUGCUCGUCGGAAGCUGUUAUACAAUGUUUACCGUUUAACCGUUUUUCUUAAGGAUCCUCCAUGUUCAAAACAGACUAAAUGUGCACAUUUGACUGGAGGAAGUGCCUCGGUGACAUCUUUUACGCCACAGAGGUGCUCGCUAAGGCGGCUGGCUAACUGACUAGCUAGCUAGCUAGCAAGCAAGCUAGCUGCUCAUUCAUGUCGUUUUCGUCUUUUAACAAUUGAGAUAAGUCGACUAAAAUAUGGCUUCGAUCUUGGACGAGUACGAGGAUUCCCAAAACACCAGGCAAAGUUCGCAGCAGCACAACCGCCUGUCAUCGAACAUCGGGAUAACACACUCAGGCUUCGUCAAUGUGAGACUGGAGGAGGAAAAGCCCAUUUUCAACAAGCAGAGGAUCGACUUUACUCCACCCGACAAGAUAAAUCACCUGGCCGUCUGCAACAAUCAGCUAUGCAUGAGUCUGGGAAAGGACACCCUGCUGAGGAUUGAUUUGGCUAAACCAGAUCAACCCAAUCAGAUUGAAUUGGGAAGAAAGGAUGACAGCAAAGUACACAAGCUUUUUCUGGAUCCCACAGGCUCCCAUCUGUUGAUCAGCAUGAGCACCAGCGAGUGUCUGUACCUCAACAGGAACACACAGAAGGUGCGCAGUCUGUCUCGCUGGCGAGGCCACCUGGUGGAGAGCGUGGGUUGGAACAAGCUGCUGGGCAACGAGACCAAUACGGGGCCCAUUCUGGUCGGCACCAGCCAAGGCGUCAUCUUCGAGGCCGAGAUCUCUGCGACCGAGGGCAGUCUCUUCAACACCAACCCUGACCAGUACUUCAGACAGGUCCACUCCCUGGAGGAAGAUGGGAGGCCGGCGCCGGUCUGCUGCCUGGAGGUGGAACGUGGCCUGGAGAACAAGUACUUCAUCAUUGCGACCACCCGCAAGCGGUUGUUCCAGUUUGUGGGCAAGGUGGCCGAGGGCUCGGAGCAACAGGGCUUCAGCUCCAUCUUCACGCAGAACCAGGACCUGCUGCCUAGUUUCCAAGAGUUCCCGGCCAAUAUGGGCUACAGUGAGAUCACCUUCUACACGUCCAAGCUUCGCACCUCCCCCAAGGCCUUUGCUUGGAUGAUGGGCAACGGCGUUCUUUACGGGCAGCUGGACUACGUCAGGCUGGACUCUUUGUUGAGUGACGUACAGGUGUGGGAGUACACCGCCGACAUCGACCUGAGUGUCAACAAGCCCAUUUCCAUCGUGCUGACCCAGUUCCACUUCCUGCUCUUGCUACACGACCGGGUCAAGGCCAUCUGCACUCUGAACGGUCAGGUGGUCCAUGAGGAUGUGUUCCCGGACAAGUUUGGUUCCCUCCUGAGGAUGAUCAAGGACCCGGUGGGUGGUCUGGUUUGGCUCUACACAGAGCGCGCCGUCUUCCGGUACCACAUCCAGCGCGAGUCCAGGGACGUGUGGCAGAUGUACAUGAGCAUGAAUAAAUUUGACCUGGCCAAAGAAUACUGCCGCGAGCGACCCGAGUGCAUGGACAUGGUGCUGGCCAAGGAGGCCGAGCACUGCUUCCAGAACAAGCGCUACCUCGAUAGCGCCAAGUGCUACGCCCUGACGCAGAACUACUUCGAGGAGAUAGCGCUCAAGUUCAUCGAGGCUAAGCAAGAGGACGCCUUGAAGGAGUUCUUGCUGAAGAAACUGAACAAUUUGAAGGCAAGUGAGAGGACGCAGAUCACUCUGCUGGUCACGUGGCUCGCUGAGCUGUACCUCAACCGACUGGGCCAGCUGGAAGACGACGGCAACAGCGUCAUCUUCCGGGAGACCCGCGAGGAGUUCCGCCAUUUUCUGAACACCUCCAAGCACAGGGACUGCCUGUUCAACAACCGCAGCAUCAUAUACGACCUUCUUGCCAGCCACGGCAACGUGGACGACAUGGUUUACUUCUCAGUGGUCAUGCAGGAUUACGAGAGAGUUAUCUCACACUACUGCCAGCACGACGACUACCACGGCGCCCUGGACGUUCUCUCCAAACACUGUGACGAGAAGCUCUUCUACAAGUUCUCCCCGGUGCUCAUGCAGCACAUCCCGGAAAGAGUGGUAGACGCUUGGAUUCAGAUGGGCAAGCGGCUGGACCCAAAGAAGCUCAUCCCGGCCCUGAUGAACUACAGCCAGAUGGGCAGCACCAGUCAGCAGACCAACGAGACCCUGCGCUACAUGGAGUUCUGCGUGCACGAGCUGAAGGUAACCGAGGAGGCCAUCCAUAACUACCUGCUGUCCCUCUACGCCAAGUACAAGCCCGACUCGCUGCUGCGGUACCUCGAGCAGGCGGGCAACCACGCCUCAGAGAUCUAUUAUGACCUGAAGUAUGCUCUCAGGCUGUGCGCCGAGCAUGGCUACCUGCGCGCAUGUGUGCUGGUCUACAGAAUCAUGGAACUGUACGAGGAGGCGGUGGAUCUGGCUUUGCAAGUGGACGUAGACUUGGCCAAGACCUGUGCAGACCUACCCGAGGAUGACGAGGAGCUGAGGAAGAAGCUCUGGCUGAAGAUAGCCCGUCACGUAGUGCAGGAGGAGAAGGAUGUGAAGAAAGCCAUGAACUGCUUGUCCAGCUGCAACCUGCUCAAGAUUGAAGACAUCCUCCCGUUCUUCCCUGACUUUGUCACCAUUGACCACUUUAAGGAGGCCAUCUGCAGCUCCCUGGAGGAGUACAACAAGCACAUAGAAGAGCUAAAGCAGGAAAUGGAGGAGGCAACAGAGAGCGCUAAACGCAUCAGAGAAGACAUCCAAGAAAUGAGAAACAAGUACGGCAUGGUGGAUUCCCAAGACAAGUGUUCGGCGUGUGACUUCCCGCUGCUGAACAGGCCCUUCUAUUUGUUCCUGUGCGGACACAUGUUCCAUUACGACUGCCUCAUACAGGAAGUGACCCCCCACCUAUCCGCCUACAAGCAGAGUCGCCUGGAGGAGUUGCAGAAAAAACUCUCCGCCUCCGCGCAGUCGUCCAAGUCCCGGCACCGUCCUACCCUCAAGGAGGAUGACGACACCUCCGGCCUGGGAAAGAGCAGCGCCGGCACAAGCUGCGAGCAGAUGAAGUCGGACAUUGACGACAUUGUCGCCUCAGAGUGCACGUACUGCGGCGAGCUGAUGAUCAAGUCCAUCGACAAACCGUUUAUUGACCCGCAGAAAUUUGAGGAGGAGAAAUCGAGCUGGCUGUGACUCAGAUGAUGUUCGCUGUUUUUAACAUCCAACAUUCUAAAAGGGGUUGGAUUCAGUGGAUGUUGACAUUCACCUGUUGGGUUGCCUGUUUAGUGCCUGAUAAUGACCGCUACUGAGGACAGCUUCAGCUUUUUGCAGCAGAUAUCAUGCUUUUCUUACCAGUAUUGAAGGCUGUUUUAUUUUUUUGGAUCAAACAAGCUCUUAUUAUGUGUACACGAUGCAUCUAAACCUUUCGUGCACAGAAGCUGCACUUGAAUGUCCUUAUUUGAACAUCUCCUGCUCUGUUUGUGUCUCCCAAAUCAUGAAAGAUGAAUAAACUACAUUCAAUGUAA